CCUUUUUAUCCGUUUUGUUUUGUGUGUGUAUGGUGCAGGCAUACGUCUCCACCGUCAGCAGCUGUGGCGGUUAUGACAACGUGCCGUCCAUCGUAUCCUUCCAACAACAACAACAACAACGGCGGCAGCAAUCCAACGUCGACCGCGUCCUCGACGUCUUCGGAUUGGGACAUCAACGACAGCACGAUCCCGCGGAUCAGCGAGUAUGACCACUUCUCCGAAUGGGCCGACGGUCACUGUCGACUCGUCUAUCCGGCCAACUCGGAGGAAGCUAAGAGACACAGUUCCGGGUGGGCGAUGCGGAACACGAACAACCAUAACGUCCACAUACUAAAAAAAAGCUGCCUCGGGGUCCUCGUCUGUUCGCAGAGGUGCAUCCUACCUAACGGAGAACGUGUACAUCUCCGGCCGGCCAUCUGUGAUAAAGCGAGGAAGAAACAGCAGGUUUUGUUACAGUUAAUGUCCCUUCGGGAGCCUACCAUACGAUCGUCAAGAGAAGGAAACAAUAUUCUAAAAAAUUUUCAACCACCUCCAUUAAUAGCGGACCAAGAAAAAGGUUAUUCAUGUUCCUGUCCCCCCUUUGAGUGUAUGUGUAACAUCCCUCAGGCGUUCUCAAGUAAUAAUCAGCAGUACUCAAACCAUUCCCCAGUGUCUUACCAACAACCUCAGCUUCUGGAUUCCUACUGGACUCAAGAAUCCACGUCAACCCAAUCGCUCCCAGUUGACUUUGAAACAAGUAUAAACUCCCAAUGUGAUUUUGCCAAUAUUCCAGCCGACAUAUUCCAACCAGAAGAAAUAUUUCAACUGGACCAACCUUUGAGAUCGGAUUUCAACCACCACGUAAAUAAUACGAGUAGUUCCCAUUCGCCACCAACCCUUCUGGACUUGGGAAGUGGCACCAUCCACAGAGAAUUUAAAACCGAGGAUUACUGGAACCAUUUCACUAACGACGAUAGCAAUAACAGUUCCUGUAGUAGGUUUAAUAUGCCGGAAUCACCUGACGGAACCGGAAGUGAGAAUUUAAUCCAUAAUAAUCAAUACGAUUUUCCGCAAAGGAUGAAAUACGAACAUGUCGGUUGUGAAAAUCGGUACGACUUGACACAAAAUAUGGGUUCACAAAAUUUUAUCGAAUUAGACUAUUUGAGUUUGUCUAAUAAAUCUCACGACGUUUGUACUAAUAACAGACUGGAAGCGCAUCUUCAAGGAUUCGACGACUGCAACUUUGAUGUUAGACAUAGCGAAACGACUGAUAAAUUUGUUGAUAUUCCUCAGUAUAUUGAUUAUUCUAGUCUACUUGCAUGCGAAGGUAAACAAUUCGGCAACGAAAAUUCUGUAAACGAAUUCGAUUUUCGUACAGUCAAUAAUUUUCCGCCUCCGAGCAAUAAUUUGCAUUUCGGUAGUGACGAAUUUAUUUCUUUGACCGAUAUUCCGAGGCAAUAAUUAUUAACGUAAUUAUCAUUACAGUGGCAGUGCUGAAAUACCAUCCAUUUUUAAUUGAAAGUAAUAAAUGUUGUUGCCAGUAUUUCAGCACUUUUUGCCUUUUUAAUGUGCCUUUUUUAUAAAAAGUACUGCUGCUUUCGAAUGAUCUUUGAAAUUAGUUCAUAGUUGUAACAUUCCUUGUAAAUAUAAUAAGUUGUAUAAAUGU